AUGACUUCCAAAAAACAAUUCAUAGACGAAAUAUGUAUUAAAAAUUGAUAAGUUAAGUUGAGAUAUGUGAUUCUAUUCUUGAGAAAUCAUAUAAAAAUUAAUAGAGUUUGGAGUUAUUGAUUCAGAAAUAUCCGUUGAAUGAAGGAAUCUAAUAAUUUUAAUUGGUUUCUGUGAAUUAAUAUGAAGAUUAAAGCAGAAACUAAUUAAAGUAAUUAAGUAUUGAACAACUGACAUAUAUUUUGGAAGAUGCCAAACAUACUUUAGAUUAAUUAAUGCAUGAGGAAUUGUAAAUAAAUAAAUUGGGAUUGAGAGUGCCUAAAAAAACAUUAGCAGUUUAAAAUUAUGAACAAUGGGAUUUCUUGUUACAAUGGCCUAAAUCCAAUAAUUUAGACAGCAUAAUAAUAAAUGUUAAAAGCAUAACAAGUAAUCUGUAUAUUUAAUGAUUAAAUUGUUAGAUAAUAUUUAAGCUUAAUUGUAAAGAUCAAAAGAAAAAAGUGAUAAUUAAGAUGAUUUUCAGAAUAAAUACUAAGAAGCAUUAGAAAGAAUAGAAUAUUUAGAAAAGUAAAUAGAAAAUGAGUCAAAUAAAACUAUCAAUUAAAGAAUCCUAAUUUAAGAAAAUAUAUUGAAUACAAGAAAACUAUUGAAUCCAUCUAGAAUACCAAAAAGAGAUAAGAUUGAAUUGAUGGAUGAAUUAGAAAAGAAAUUAUAAGAUUUAGAAAUAGAAAAGGAGAAAAUGUCAUCCUAAAGCAUGGAUGCAUUUUCUAAAUUACUUUAAACAAAAUAAUGA